AUGAAGGGAGUAAAACAAUUUAGGAAGAAAGGGAAAUUGAGCCCCAAGUUUUUCAAACAUUAUGAGAUCCUAGAAAGGAUAGGGCAAGUGGCUUAUAGGUUAGCCUUGCCUCCAACGUUGUCAAGAGUAGACAACAUGUUUCAUGUUUCGAUGCUAAGGAAGGAUGUGUCAAAUGUUACUCAUGUGUUGAGUUAUGAGAUGCUAGAAUUACAGCAGGAUCUAUCUUAUGAAGAGAAACCAGUUCAGAUUCUAGAUAGAAAGGAUGAGGUCUUACAGAAUAAUACAACUUUCUUAGUGAAAUUAUUAUGGAGAAAAAACAAGGUGGAGGAAGCAACUUGGGAGAUAGAGUCGAGUAUGCAAGACCAGUAUCCCGAGAUGUUCACGUAA